UCCUCCUCCGCUGCGGGUCCGAGCCGAUGGGGCUCCCAUCGCCCUGGUGACGCCGUUGCCACGGUGACGCUUUGUUUGGAAGGACCAGCGCCCGACACCCAUCAACCAGGACCGGUCCGACUUGUUUGCGUUCUGCCACUGCCUCCACAACAUGGAGCUGGAGACACUGAGGAUUGAAAUGCUUAAGUGAGCGACUUCAGCCUCAAAAUGAUGGACAACAGUGAUGAUGAUGUAAAACUUGAAGAAGAAAUCAAAGCUGAAUUGGAUAGAAUCAGCAUAUCCUCUUUGGAAAUGAAAGAUUAUGAUAGUGACUCACCUUUAGAAGCUUGGAAUGAGAGUCAGUCUGAUUCAGAUGAAUUACCAGAAUCAGUACUAUACUGUAUCAACUUUGUAAAAAAUAGAAGUAAAAAUGCAGAAAAUAUUAUUCUUCAAGAUUUGGAAGAUACAGAUAUUUCCAGUUAUAGCCUUGGAACAGAUUCACAGAACGCUACAGAUUUCCUGAACAAGUUGACAUCUGAAUGUGACGAGCAUCUAGAACUAUUAAAGGAAGGGGUAUCAUAUGAAACAGAAAAGGAAGAACUAGAUAUAAAUGAUACAGAUCAUGACACAAGUCAAGCCGGUUCUGGUGAUUUACAUGUUGGAGAGCAGUAUACUUCAGGUGAUGCCAAAUUGAUCUUGCAUUUUGAAUACUGUGAGGUAGAGGAAAGAUGCAGACAGGAAUUCAAGAUUUGGGAAAACAAACAGAAAGAACUGGAAGAACAGGAGAGAGAGAUGCUCAAAACUCAGAGGGAAAGAGAAGAAAAGCAAUAUCAAGAAGAAGAAGAAGAGAGGCAGCACUUGCAGAAGGAAUUUGAAGUUGAAAAGAAAAAGUUAGAUAAUAUUUACCAGCAAGAACAAUGCAAGAUGAAUGCUGAAUUACAAGAACAACAGAAAGUUUGGGAGGAAAAAUUAAAACAACAUGAGGCUUUGAUCAGAAGUCUUCAGUUAAAAGUGGAGGAAGAAAGAAAACUUUUUGAAGACCAGAAGACAAAACAAAAACAGCAUUUGUUGGAACAACGACAAAAAGCAGCCAUAAAACUUCAAGCUUCAUUUCGAAAAUUUGUAGUUUACAAAAAAUACAAUCCAAUUUUAAAAGAUUUGAGAGAGAAAAAUAAGAGGAAAGAAAUACAAUAUAAACUGGAGCAAGAGAAGAAAGAAAAUGAAGCAAAAAUAAGGGAAAGGCUUAAAGAAAAGAAAAAAGAAGAAGAGGUAGAGCGAAAAAGACAAGAAGAAUUGCGAAAACAGAAAUGUAAAGCAUAUGAGAGGAGGCAUGAGGAAUAUGAGAAAAAGAAACAAAUCCUCAGAUUAGAAAGAGAGAAGCAACUAAACAUGGAGGAUUCAAAACUAAAAGAAAAUACAGCAAAACCAGUAGCUUUAGAAGAAUUAGAAUCACACACAUUUAACGAGAGCAUAGAAAAACAGCCAAGGGUAGAUGAAUUUGAAAAAGAACAGGUAGAAAAUUUUGCCAGUCUGCUAAAGAUUGAUGAAUUGGAAACAGUGGAAAGAAGAGAAAAUCUGAUGAAACAGCAACAAAUGGAUAAACUAAAAGACCAAGAAGAAGAAAAGGAAAACCUUGCAAAACAGUUAAAACAUGAUAAAGUGGAAAAGGUGGACAAGAAAGAAAAUCUUUCUAAGUUACAGGUAGAAGAAUUAAAAAAGCAGAAGGAACACAAUGAAAAAAAAAGACAGCAUGAAGGACAGAACCAAGACCAAAAGAAGGGGAUAACAGUAGGAGAAACUAAUAAAGAAAUCAACAAACAUGAGAAAAUGAAAAACAGUGUAAACAAAGAGGAUCAGAAAAAAAAGAAACCAGAAAUGGGAGGAGAGAAAAUAGAAGAAAAAGGAGAAGACUAUGAACAGAAAAAUAAUUUGGAAACUACAGAAAGUAAAAAACUAGCACCACCUUCAUUAGAGAGUAAGGAUAUUCUAGGACUGAAUGUGAUUGCACAGCAUGAAGAACAGAACAAACACCAAACAAAGGAGAUAACAGUAAGAGAAAAUACAGAAAUCAGCAAUCAUGAGGAAAUGAAAAGCAGUGUAAGCAAACAGGAUCAGAAAAAAAAGGAUCCAGAAAUGAGAGGAGAGAAAAUAGAAGAAAAAGGAAAAGACUAUGUACAGGAAAAUAAUUUGGAAACUCUAGAAAGUAAAGAUCUAGCACUGUCCUCAUUAGAGAGUAAGGAAACAAUGGGACUGAAUGUGAUGGCUCAUUUAGUUGAAAGCGGGUACCAAAUGAAAGAAAAUAGUGAAAAUUUUAAAAUUAAUAUUCUGAAGAAAAGUGAAACAAUAGUUCUUAGUGAUUCAUUUGCAAAUGAUGGUAAUGCAAUGGAGAGAGAGUAUUAUGUGGGGCUACUAGAAUAUCAUAAAGAUGCAGGUGAAUACUGUGUACAAGAUAUAAAGUCCGAAGAAACUAGAACUUCAGAGUUUGUGAUGAAAGAUGCAUCAAAAGAAUGCCUGGAAUUUAGUGUGAAUAGGGGAUGUGCAGUGAAGAACUCUGCGGGGCCACUUUCACUUCCAGAAAUUGUAGAGGAAAGAAGACUAGCCUGGAUGAAAACCUGUAACCCAUGGUCUAAAGUAUUGAUGGAAAACCAGAGAAAGAAGAUUACUGAAAAAAACAGGGUUAGGAUAUACCCAGCUGAUAAGAUGCCUCCUUUAAAGCCAAAUGCCAUUCUUCAGUGCGGCCUUUGGAGUACUUUACAACAGGUUACAACGAUAAUGUUUCAGGAUUUACCAGGUUGUAGUCUUUCCACACUGUCAGAGUGUCCAAGACUUCAGUUUCUGAGCCUUAGGCACUGUGGAUUAACUGCUCUAGAUGGACUGGGCAAUUGUAAAGACCUGCAGUAUAUUGACGUACAGGAAAAUAAUAUUCAGCAUAUAAAUUGUGAAAAUUUAGAAAAUAUCUGCAUACUUCUUUUGAAUAAAAAUCAGCUAACUUCACUUCAUGGAUUGGAUGGCUGCAGUAAUAUCAGAAAUCUAGAGCUAUCAUAUAAUAAGAUCACACAGAUUGGUGGCUUAGAGUCUUUGAAAAAUCUUCAGCAACUAAGUGUGGCUCACAAUCAGUUAAUCAGUUCUAAAGGUCUUGGUGAGGCGCCCACUCUCAUGUUCCUGGAUUGUUCAUAUAACCAUCUUUCUGAACUCGAAGGCAUAGAAAAUUGUGGUCUGCUUCAAAGUCUGAAGCUACAAGGAAAUAAUUUAAGUGAGGUGCCACGCUUGGAGAAUCAAGUUCUGCUAAGAGAAUUAUACUUGGAUGACAACAAUAUUUCAACAGUGGAAAAUCUUUCUUCAUACUGGCUACCCUUACUACAGAUCUUUACUGUCUCUCAAAACAGCUUGAAAACCAUUGCUUCCCUCUCUCAAUUUGUAUCUUUGGAAAAAAUGGAUAUCAGCAAUAACUGCCUUUCAGAACUUACAAGUAUUAUCAGAUGCCUAGAUGGAUGCCAUGGUUUAUAUGAACUAUCACUUUCUGGGAACCCUCUUCUACAAGAAAAAAAAUGGAGGUAUUCUCUCCUGGAAACAUUACCUGCUUUGAGAGUUCUAAAUGGUGAAGUCCUAAAUUUUGAGGCAGAAUUUUCAAAAGAAGAAAUACCUCAAGUAAAAUCAGGAAGUUUCCUGACUCUUUGUCAGAACCAGAUUAAAAAACUUAACUUGUUAACUGAGAAAUAUGUCUCAAAAGAACGAAAUGUAUUCUCCUUGGACUCUGCACAAAACCUUUGCUGUUACCUUAAAGAGCUAAUGAAAAUUAGUAAUGAAUUCCGAUAUGCACACGAAUAUGGAGAUCUAACUAUCAUUGACAGCAAUGAACCAGAGAUCAAACAAAAUCACUUGAUACAAAGAGCCAAAGACAGCUCACAUCAAAAUACCCUCUUUAUCUCUGAUGUGGAAGAAAAUAAACAGGACACUUGGGAUUUUUCUGAAAGAUGGAUUGAUUCUGGCCGGAGUGAUUCCCUGUUCAUCAACCCUUCGAUUAAUGACUACCCGGAGAAAAAGAAUCAAGAAUGUUUAAUGGAUUUGAAGAGAACAGAAUGCUACAUUGAACCAGAGAAAGAUGAAAAUACCAAGCUAAGUAAAGUCUUUACCGAAAGAAACACACUUGAAAUAUCAGAAUUUCCACAGCUGGAAAGGAAACAUCAGAAUAUUCAGGGCAGUGAAAAGAAUGCAGCAGCUGCAAUCAUCCAGGCCCAUUGGAGAGGCUAUGUUAUUCGCAGAGAGAUUAAUUUGUAUAUUCGCCUGCAUGAAGCAGCAACACUAAUCCAGUCAGCCUGGAGAAAUUAUUAUACUAAAAGAAAAAUUACUUUUAAGAAGGAAGAAAGUGUCAAUGUGGACACUGAUGGACUGAGGAAUAAAGCUGCUAUUCUAAUUCAGGCUGUUUGGAAAGGCUUCCUUUUGCGGAAGAAAUUGUCCAAGGCUUUAGCAGCUAUUAAAAGUGAAGACCUAGAAGAGGACUAUGAAGAAAUAAACUUAAGUGAUUUUACAUUUAAUGAACAUCCUGAAUAUUUGAGAUCUGAUGACAAUUCACCUAAGCUAACCAGGCAGCUGCCUCAAGCAUGGCAGUGUAGUAAGAGAGAAAAUUCAUUUUCACAAGAUUACGCUCAGCUUAGUAGCAAAUCGGAAAGUGGAAGUUUGUCCUGUCAAUCCGAUUUGAAGAGUAGCAGGAAAAUUCCAUCAAAAUCUGAAAAAGAAGAACAAAUUUCAGAAGAAUGGGGUUUUAAAAAUGUUUCUACUGCCCAAUUAAUGCUAAAAAGGGCCAAGAAAAUGAAGUCCUGUAAAACAAGAAAUCAAAAUCUAGACCCAGCUGUGCGACUGGCAUUAUUCAAAAACAAUGAAAAUAAACAUCUCCCUGUGAAACCACCAAGGAAGACACUGCCUGCAAGAGUAGGUUACUUUGAAGCUCAAGAAGAAGAAGCUGUCUGUAUGGAAUCAACUUCAACUGAGAAAAUAGAAAGGAGGAGAGAAUUUACUUACCAAUGGCUUCAUACGCAGGUUGGUGGUUAUGAAACAACCAGUUCCAGAAAUAUGAAAUGUAACCGGUUCUUACCCGAGUUGGAUCCAGAUGUACUCAGUGGAGGGCGAGUUCAGCUUGUGGCAAGCCUUGUAAGCAGAGAAGACACGGAUUUAGACCUUGUUUCCAUGACGAGUGGAAGUGCUUUGACUCAGAACAGAGGAAAAAAUAAUCAGGCCCACAGACACUCAGCAGGAUCCUCAACUAAAGUACCUGUACCAGUGAAAACAAAUGCAAGACCUUUUACAAAAGAGCGCAUAUCAUUUCGUGAUCAUCCCGUGCAGCUUAGUGGUGGAUGGGGAAGUGGCAAGAAGCAAAGAAAAACUUUCAACUAACCUUUCAAGUUUCAACAUGCAAAGCAUAUGGAGACUGUUUCUUUUCAAGAGGUCUGUGAAUAUCUGGUUAUAUGUUACCAAUUGGAUACAAAGUUUUAGAGUACUGUAUUUAAUUUGUUUUACUAUACAUGUUUUGCAAUUUAGCUUUCUAGUGGAGUUAUCGUAUUCUCCAUCAGUAAAAUAGAAUAUUUGCAGUGCUUUCUGUGUUCAUGUGGUAUGGCCUCCAGAAAACAUUAACUCUUGACAUAUUGUGAGAGAAUUAGUAGAGCCAAUUGCUGACAACUUCUAAAAGUAUUUUUCAUUUUAAUAUUGCAUAGAAUACCUGUUAAAGGUAAUGAAUGCUACUAACUUCAAAACACUGAUGAUGAUCUUCUUUUCACUGGUGUUGCUUUAUAUUCUUUGUCUUAUCAAAAGGACUAAAUGGACUGCUGUUUAUUAAGUGUUCCAAAGAUUUAUCAUCUGCAUUGUUGAAUAAAUUACCAAUUUUAGUUGGAUGUAGGUGUCAUAUUUUCAUAGGUUUAUUCAUGCUCCAAACUAAUGUAGAAUAGUCUUCAUUUACCCAGGAAUAAAACCUUUACCACCUAUUUUUAAGCAGUUUCUGAUGUUAAUAAUAUUGUUCAGAUGAUGCAUCUGAUUAUCAUUAUUUUCAAUAGAAUCUUCCAAUAAAGAUGAUUAAACAUUUUA